GUGCUUUCACUGUUUUGCGCUCUGAAGUUCAGCGAUUUCUGCUCACAGGGUCGAGCAAGUAUUAAUGGAAUUGUCAUUGUAAAUGUACGUGCUGUAUUAUUUCUUGGUCCACAAAACGAUCGAGCGUUUCUAGCUGUUUUCCGAAGACAGACCUCAGAUUCACUUCCAUCUUGGUGACAGCUAUCUGCCUGCCUACGGAGGCUUACAUGGACUUACCGGAAACCAAACUUUAAAAAAAUUGUUUCGUAGCCGAGUGAAAAGAGGAAAAAGGAGACCAGAAGCAGUCCGGGGUUGAAACUUUUGCAGUUCCUAUUUUGCCCAUCCUCGCGUCAUGGUGGAUAUGAGAAAUUGGACUACAGAUAGAAAAGAAAUAUUUUAUAUUGUGAAAGAAAAGGUCGCCUCCUGUUUAUUUAUUUUUAUUUUUUUACUACCAUAGCGGAUUUUAGUGUUGUUUUAUCAUGGAAGAUGGUGUGAAAGAGGACACAGCCAAGCCCGAGGAGGUAAAGUUCAUCGGGAAGGCGGGCUGGGUGAAGAAAUGCUAUGGGAAGUUCCUGGGAUCCUAUAAGGACCGCUAUAUCCAGUUGGAAAAGACUGAGAUUGCAGUCUAUGAGAGUGAGGAUUUAAAGAACUGCUUAGAGAGGGUGGAUUUGGAGAACUACGAGAAAUGCACUGAAUUAAGGAGUGCUUUCAAGAAGAAGAACAGACUGAUUCUAAUACGAGCCCAAAAGUGUGGGAAUAAGAUCCAUGAUGUCAAAAUUCAGGCUCAGAAUCCUGAAGAUAAGGAUUCCUGGAUUAAAGCUCUCAGUGAUGGAAUAAACAGAACUAAAAACAAAAUCUUUGAUGAGGUGAAGGUUGAUGAAAGUUGUACCUUGGAGCAUGUGACACGCACAAGACCCAAGGGAAACCAGAGCCGUAGACCGCCUACAAGGAUACGCAUGAAGGAGGCUGCUAAUCUGUCAACAGAUGGUAUUCUGAGAAAGGAUCUUGAUGCUUCUGACAACACACCCAAUGGUACACAUCAGGUCAACACUGAGGUCGAUACCUCUAAAGAAGCUGUGAAACCACCAAUGCCUCCAUCUAAGCCCCGUGAAAAACUGCAGGAAAUCCCAGAAGAAGAGCCCGCCCCUCAGAAAAAUGUCCUGAAGCCUCCCAUGCCUCCCUCAAAAGAGAGCAAACCAAGCUCCUCGGGUGAAGGAGAAACACCAAAGGAGGUAGUACUCGCUCCUCCAAUGCCUCCCAACAAAGCCAGAGACUCUUCAGAAGAGUCUGACAGCACCCGGAUCACUCCUUCAUCUCCUUCACCAAUCAAAGACCCCACUCACCCCCCGAUGCCUCCGUCAAAAGACAAGAAACCCGCUCAAACAGUAGAGUGGGAGGUUCCGCAGCUCUCUUGUGGUGCGGAAGAUAGUGAGGAGGAAAGACCUGAGGAAACAUUUUCUGACGACCAGGGAAAAAAUGAUAAAUUGGGAAGUGAGGGAGAUUCCACGCCCCCUCCUCAAACAGCCGUAACAUCGCCAGAGGCUAAGCUUGAUUCCACUGUCCCUGAGGAGGCUGAUGAAACGACUGAUGAAAAGGAAGGCUCCUGUCCUACACAGGAAGAGCCUGAUCACAGCAAUGUUGCACUGGAGGCAGAAGGUAAUCCAGCACCUGCCAUCGCAUCAAGUGCAGACACUCAAAGGCCAGCUACACCUCUUACAAAGUCCACAGAACCAUCUCUGCAACCAGCGAAAAAGACCCCCGGCCCACCGGCGCUUCCCAAGAAAAAAUCGCUCACCCGCUCUGAAGGCGAUCAGCCAUGUGAUCCCAGGGAGGGUUCAGCUGAAGUUCCCAUUUCUGUAGAAUCAAGGGGUGCAGGUCUACCCAAUGAAAGUGUUCCUGCCUCAGGCAUUUCAGAUCUUUCCAAGCAUAGAGAUGAUCUGACUCCAACUGCUGAGAGUAAGAACAAGAUGGUAGCUCUGUCGACUGGGGAUAUAGCUGCUGAUGAUGAUGAACUCCAACAUGGUGAUGGCAGCGAAGCUGAGGCAGAACCUGCUGAGGCUCAUGUGCCACAGAAAUGGAAAGUCGUCACAGGUGCUAGAAGCAGAGCCCAGAUGCUAAAGCCGAUGCAGAUUAAACGGAGCAUGCAGCCCAUUCCUCCUGCCCUGCCACUCAAACCGUCAAAGGGGAAAUCUGCCUCUGUGGGAGACCUGCUUUCUGAGUCAGUGGUGCAGACGGAGGAAUGGGCUUUCAAGGAAAUCUCGUCAAGAAAUGACACGAAUGAGCUCCGUAACAAAGUGGCCCUGGAGCUUGAGGAAACGGCAGAGCUCCUCAGUACUGUGUCCUCCAGACAAGAGGCGCAAGGCUCACUGGGUGACAAGGGGGGGCCAAAGAGUCUUUCGCCAGAAGAGCUGCUGGCCAAAGCUGUGGAGCAGCUCAGAAAAGCGGACCAGUGCUUGCAAGAAGCUAAGAAUUUGAAACAGGCCCAACCCGUAGAGAAAAGGCACAGAAUGAGCUUGUGACCGCAGAUAAAAUUAAACAUGACAGCGGAAUUAAUGGCCCUCAAAUGAGCUGUAUGACAGGCGCUUGUUUUUCAAGCACACGUAUGCACGCGUGCGCACACACACACACACACACACACACACACACAUGCACACACACACACAAACACACUGGCAAAGCAAGGUUUUCCUAUGUAAAACUGUUAGCUGAGAAAAUAUGCAAUAUAUGCAAGUAUUUUUUUCCUUAUGAAGUGCAAUUAUUUUCACUCAGCAAUUUAUAAUAGAGAGGUUGGGUCAUUAACAAAAGCUCUACUGUAUCAGGAUGUUUGGAUCAUCACACUCCAAUGACAAUGACUUCAGCACAAUUGCUGUGGGUGUAUCAUUUUUAAUUUAAUACCUGAAAUACAUACAGCAAGAUCAUCAGUGAAGAAUUAUUUAAAUUGAGGAGGUUUACAUCAGAAUGUAUAAAAAUCUCUUUAUACUUUUUUUGCCACCAUAUUAUAUUAUCUAGUAUACAGAUAUUUUAUGAAAUGACAUUAUGGAUAUCAGCAUCACAAGAAUACAAAUUAUGUGUUUGGCCAACAUGAAAAAUGUACCAUAUCCGGUAAAUAUUCUGAUAUUCUGAACUUAGAUUUACAGUUAUUCUGUGAAGCAGUUCCAAUGUUUUUAAGUACUUUGUAACAACACCUAUUAUGAAAAAAAAAACAUGUUUUGCCAAAUGAAUGCACUUCAGAUCCAGUACUUGGAUUUAAAACAUUCAUAAUCGUUUCCCCACAGGAUGACUCAAAUGUGUUUUGCUGAAGAACCAGUAAUCAGAUGAGUCAGAGUUGCUUCAUAUAUUUUACAUACAUUUUACUGACAAUAACAGGUUUAACUGUCCUAAUUGCACAUUGUUUAGGUAAAUUUGUUCAACACAAUGGUCUUCCCAAAGAUCCAUUAGCACUGUUAUAGAUAAUCAACUCUGUUCUGCUCUUAAGAGUGCAGAAAUCUGUGUAAACAGUAGAGCAUUUUUUACCAGCGAUCUCAGAAAUUACCCUCCGUGUACAAAGCCCUUUAAUGAAUUUAAUGAUAAUAAUAUCAGACAAUAGCUCUGUUCAUUUACUUUGGCUUAAUUUUAAUACUGUUUGUGUGUGGUUUUAACUAAGACGAGGAGCUGUCCUGCUAGUUAAUCCUGUUGGGCAAUUUUGUUGAGUGAUAAAAUGAUGACUGAGAGAUGUAAUGUCUCAUGUUCUAAUAUUUUGUGUAUAGUGUCCGUUUCAGACUGUGACAUGGUGUCUACAUGUAAAUGUGCGUUGCUGUUGCAGUAUUGUUUUUCUGAUCCUUUUUUCAAAUAAACUUGUCUUAGCCCAGCCCCUCUUUUGUUUGGCUGGGAUUAGUGUAUUCAUUGAUCCUGUUGAAGUAUUUGAAUAACAACAAUUUUUGUUGUCAAAAUGAAAUGUUUCUGAAAAACUAGAGAUAAGGCUGGCUUGCACUUUCAGUAUGGACUUUCUAGUGUUGAUAUGUGUGUGUUGUAUGAUAUGUGCCUUUAGCUAAUCUUUUUAGCAUUCCAGUUCACAAAUUAGAAACCACCUCCUCAUUUAUAAAUAGUACACAGGAACUAACUACUUCCUGAGUCAGUUGCAGCUUCACUGACUCAUUUUGAAAGGUAUAUAAAGAGGAAGAGAUAUGUAUCUGCAUACAUGCCUUUGUGCCUGUUUGAAAAUGUUCAUAAAGAUACCUGAAAUGUGUCAAUUUCUGCAUAGUCACUUAGUUUCCUGAGGUGACAUGUACAGUAUGUGUAUAAAUGUGAUUUUCAUUUGUUCUCUAACAUAUUUGUGUAGUUUGUCUGAUAAGGUUCUUGCUUCUUAAAUAUGUUUUAAAAUGUUUGGCAAUGGCCAGUUAAAAAAGGAUGUAAUCCAUUUUAACAAACCAGCUUGAUUAAGUGUGCUACACCAGAAUUAACCUUUAACAGUCUAAUUUUUAUCUUGGUCUUUUGAUUCAUGUUUUGGUCUUCAACCUCCAUUACUUGUUUAACUAUACCAUACAGCUGUAAAGCCUCAAGUUUGUAGAUCACACUUUCAUUUUUUGAAGUCGAAUUUAAUCUUGAUUCUAUCAACUUGUGAAUGAACAAUUUCUUAUAAAGGAUUUAAUACUUAAGUUAUUAACCUUCUGAUACAGUCUGUCAGGGGUGCACAACUGUGGUUGUGGAGGGCUGGUCUACAUGCUGGUUUUUGUUUCAACCACUUGCCUUAGUUUUAGUUUUCAGACAGCUCUGUAGACUACACUGGUUCACUCCUUUACUAGAGCACGUCUAGCCAUUAGGAUACACUUGCAGUCUACAGCUGUAGCUGGUGGUGCUUAUAUAAAUGUCAGAUGAAGAUAUGAUUUGGCUCAUUAAGUAAUUAAGGCCAGAAGUUGGCACAAAAUCCUGAGAUCAGACCUUGUUGUGCACCCCUGCACUAUGUCCUGUUUUUCUUUAUGAAGUAUUUUGUUAAAACAGCUGACUUGGAAAAUAUCAAUGGAUACUUCAGCCAUUAAAUGAUUCAUUUAUAUGAGCUGAAUAUUUAUUUUUAUAUUAGUGUUUUUUUAAAAGCACUUAUUAAUAAUGAAAUUUUCUGUGCCUAUAAAAAGUUUAAGAAACAUAGAAAUGGAUUCCAUGAAAGCAUGUCCUAAUAAAAAUAUUACUGUUUACAACAA